AUGGUAUUGUUAGUUAUUACUUAUCUACUUUUCAUCUUAAUUUUAUUAUUAAUAGUUGCUUUUUUAGUAUUAUUAGAGCGAAAAGUACUAAGACUUGUACAGUUCCGUAAAAGACCUAAUAUUGUUAGAAUUUAUGGAAUUGUACAAACUAUUGUUGAUAGAGUGAAAUUAAUUUUAAAAAACUUAAUGGUUUUAAUAAAUGUUCGUAAAUUUUUUUUUUUAUUAGCUCCAAUCUUAAGUUUUAUUUUAAGCUUAAUUAAUUGGUUUUUCAUCCCAACACCGUUUAUUCUGGUUAACUCAGAAUUUAGGAUUUUAAUUACCUUAGUAAUUUCAAGCCUAUUGGUUUAUUCAACUCUUUGAGCUAGGUGAAGAAGUAAUAAUAUUUACUCUUUAAUUAGGAGAAUUCGAGGAGUAGCUCAGAUAAUUUCUUAUGAAGUUGUACUAAGAUUCUUUAUUUUAAUAAUAUUAUUAUUCUUAAAUUCAUUUAAUUGAGAUAUUUUUGUGUAUUAUCAAAAAUCAUCUCUAUUCUAUAGGGGUUUUUUUUUAUUUUUAUUAAGUUGAAUUAGUAUUAUAUUAGCAGAGUUAAAUCGAGCCCCCUUUGAUCUAAUUGAGGGAGAAUCAGAACUAGUUAGUGGUUUUAAUGUAGAAUAUAGGAGAUUUAUCUUUGCUCUAAUAUUUCUAAGAGAAUAUAUAAAUAUUUGAUUUAUAAGUUGAAUUACAAUUUUAAUUUUUCUAAGAAGGAAUAUAUCCUUAGUGGUAUUAUCCUUUAGAGUUGUCUUACUAAUUCUCUAUAUUCGCUCUUUAUUGCCACGAUUUAAAUUUACUGAUUUAAUUGUUAUUACAUGAAAAAUUUAUUUACCUUUAGUACUUGUAUAUCUUAUUCUAUUAUUAAGAUACUUUAGUCUCUAA